CUCAGCGCAGUCACGCACGCCAGCGCCCCACCAGACAGUCGUGCCGGUGUAGCGAUCUCAAUAGCCUGUGAACCGUACGCACGGCGCACACGUGCCUUCGCGCGCUCGCGUCCCGGAUCCCAUCCCUACCCCACGCCGCGGCCGCUCCACAAAACAGACGCUCGACAGAUAAACAUCCAACUCGACCCACCCCAGCCUGUGUGCUUCUGCCGUACUCACUGUCGCCGCACAUUCUGUUAUGUAACACGAAAACAAACACCGCGGUUGUUGUAGCGAGCACGUGUGCGCAGCGUAUAUCGUACGCUCGUUCGCACUAAAAUCUACGCCGUCUUUAGCGCCACGCCACGCCACGCCACUGCACUACACUCUAUCUAUCUACAUACCUUUAGGUUUUCUACAAACGAUCCACAUAGUUAAACUGUGUCUAGUGUUUCCUCGUGCCGAACAAUAUUUAUUAUUUGUGACAGUGCCAUUUUGUUACCGUUUUACGUUAAUAUUUGAAUUUUGUGAAUAUGUCAAACUCCUUGGACCAACAAUUUGGAAGUUUAAGCCUGUCUCAGGAGGAUCACGACCAAAUGUUUGAACCAGAGGAUCAUCAGGAUCAAAGCCGGUCGUCAAAGGUGCUGAUCAGUGGGCUGCCGCUGCAUGCCCGGUUCGACAAUAUCGAGCCACUGCUCGCACAGUACGGCAACGUGCAACACUGCGACACGGCGCACGCUCGCGACGCCAACACCCAAGCGGUGUACAUCACGUUCGAGACACCGGAGCAGGCGCAGCAGGCUAUUAACGGUUUGAACGGGUACGAGCUGGAGGGCAGCCGCAUUAAGGUGGAGGCGGCGGAGGCAAGCGCGCGCGGCGGGCGGCGCGGUCGGCCGGGCGGCGGGCGCGGCGGCGCGGCGGGCGGAGCGCGCCCCACGGACUUCCCGCUGAGGCUGCUGGUGCAGAGCGACAUGGUGGGCGCCAUCAUCGGCCGCCAGGGCAGCACCAUCCGCCUCAUCACGCAGCAGUCGCGCGCACGUGUCGACGUGCACCGUAAGGACAAUGUGGGCUCGCUCGAGAAGGCCAUCACCAUCUACGGCAACCCUGAGAACUGCACCAACGCAUGCAAGCGCAUACUCGAGGUGAUGCAGCAAGAAGCUAACAAUACUAAUAAGGGGGAAAUUUGUCUAAAAAUCUUGGCGCAUAAUAAUUUAAUUGGGCGCAUAAUAGGAAAAGGGGGAAACACUAUUAAGAGAAUAAUGCAAGAGACUGACACAAAGAUCACGGUGUCCUCCAUCAACGACAUUAACAGCUUCAACCUGGAACGCAUCAUCACCGUGAAGGGGUCCAUUGAGAACAUGGCCAAAGCGGAGUCGCAAAUAUCAGCUAAGCUGCGCCAGAGCUAUGAAAAUGAUUUACAGGUGCUGGCGCCGCAAAGCAUAAUGUUCCCUGGCUUACAUCCGAUGGCGAUGAUGUCGACGGGCCGUGGCUUCUGUAGCGCGCCGCCGCCCUACCCGCCGCCUAUAUACGCCCCGCUUCCGGGCCGCGGCGGUGCGCAGCAGGGCGCCGGUGACUCGCAGACUGAAACGGGUGUCGGUUCGCAGGAGACCACGUAUCUGUAUAUCCCGAAUAACGCGGUGGGCGCCAUCAUUGGCACUAAGGGAUCGCAUAUUCGUAACAUCAUCCGCUUCAGUAACGCGUCCGUGAAGAUUGCGCCACUGGAACAGGACAAGCAGGGAGAGGCGGCGGGCGGAGCGCAACAGGAACGCAAGGUGACCAUCGUCGGCAGCCCUGAGGCCCAGUGGAAGGCGCAAUACCUGAUCUUCGAGAAGAUGCGUGAGGAGGGCUUCAUGUCGGGCUCUGACGACGUGCGGCUGACGAUCGAGAUUGUGGUAGCAUCGUCGCAAGUGGGACGCAUCAUCGGCAAGGGCGGGCAGAACGUGCGAGAGCUGCAGCGCGUCACCGGCUCGCUCAUCAAGCUACCCGAGCAGCCGCCGCCGGCAGGCGCCCAGCCCGACCACGAGACCACCGUGCACAUUGUAGGACCCUUCUAUAGCGUGCAGUCUGCGCAGCGGCGCAUUCGAGACAUGGUGGCGCAGGCAAUGGCUCCGAGCCGCCAUCGCCGCGCUGCGCAGCAGCAGCAGCAGCCGCCGCCGCCGCAGCAGCAGUAGACUGCUGCUACUACUGGGGUAGUUGUCGUCGCCGCCGCCGCCGCCAUGACGUCGCCAUCACCGCUACCGCCGCUACCACAGCCACCCUCCUCAUACUCACACCCCUCCCCCUUCCCUACCCAUACAUCGGCACACACACACACACACACACACACAUACAUACAUAUGUUGGUGGCCUGGUAUCAUAUCACCGCACCGCACCGCACCCGCAUCGCAUCGCAUCGCAUCUAAGAUUAUAACUCGCGACGUAAAACAUGUUGUUGUCUAUUUACCUAAAUUAUAUUAAAUGUAGCGAAUUUUAAUUGUAAUAUGAAAUACUUUGUAUUUUACCAUAUUUUAAUAAAUUUUACCACAUUGUAAAGUAUAUUACCAUAUUUACGUAUUUUACCAUAUUUUACGCCGGAUAACCUUUUUAAUAUUAUGACAUGUUGAUAAUUUGAUGAUUAUAUGUAUACUUGCUGUAUAAAUAUUCAUAUACACUAUUUUUAUUUACGAUAUUGUAGAUAUAGCCUGUAUAUGAAUUUUACCCCGAAUAGUAUAUUGUUGGUUGUUGUUUUUGUUGACCGUCUGUCUGUGGGCGCAUCAUGUUGCUGGCGGGGCGGAAGGUGUUGCAGUGUUGCAGCAGUCACAGGUUCUUCAUUGG